AUGGCUUCCUCCUCAUCUUCUUCUUCCAUCUUUGUAGACUCAAGUUCUAAAGUGAUAAUUACAGAAGAAGAGUUCAAGAACUUUCACAACAUCGAUCGCAAGCUCUUCCUCCGGUUGGUGACCAAUAACCUUAUCGGUCAAGAACCGAGACGAGUCACACUAUUCAUGGCUUUAUUUUUAUGGUUCGAGAAGACGACCAAAAAUUUCACACUCAUCUCCAAGUUGCUUCAAUGGCCUGACACUUUGCUCACUGAUCUCACAAACGAAGCUGCUUUUAUCUUCACUUGCAUUGAUGAUAAUGAUGCUAUUGAAUGUUUCACCAAAAAUAACGUUAACUACAGCAAAUACUGUGACUUGCCUUUGACUCAGAAAAUUACUAACAGUGGCAUCACCCUCCAUUUUGUCCACCAAAAUCGUGUCGACAUAAAACAAGCUAUCGAUAAAUUGAUUAACAGCGUUUGUGACAGAGCUUUUGAUGACAUUAUUGUGAAGUUUUUGCUGCAGAAACAGGCCGAGAAAGAACAUGCGUUGCACUAUAAUCCGAUGAUGUUGCCACCGCCACAUGAGGUGGGACCACCGCAAGUUCUGCCACUUAAAGUGGUGGUGCCGGCUCCGGCGGUGGAUGAAGGAAGCAGCUCGAGUGGGGGUUUAGGUGAUGCAUCUGAAGUUAAGGUUUUGACUAAUGGAGUUUGUGAGAUUCCGAGGAGGGUGGAGCUGCGUGUUGGUGGGGCAGGAGAGCGAAGACACGUGGCAGAAGAUGAUAGGACUGUUUUCUUAACAUUCUCGAAAGGAUACCCCAUUUCUGAAUCAGAAAUUAUUGAAUUCUUCUACAGGUGA